AUGUGUUUUAUGAAGAAGCGGUUUGACAGGCAGUCUGAACUUAAUUACAUCGCAGCUAUGCCUUUCGCAGUAGCAGCUAUCCUCUCGGAUGUCUUGAUUGCAGCUUCCCUUUGUUACGUCUUGGGUAGCACAAAAACAAGUUUCAACGGCACUCAGAACAUCCUCAAUAAGUUGAUCAUCUGGUCGAUCAACCGUUGCAUCUUGACCUCUGCUGUUGCCAUUGUCGAGACAAUUGUCUCAUUACAUGGAUCGGUCGUCGAUACCAGUGAUCUAUCUACCACCGCCGAUGGGUCCAUAGGUUUCCGAAUUGCCACUGCCCGUGGCACCGAAAAUCAGAACCACAUCAGCCUUCGAGCGAGGGGCUCAGGCGAUCUAGAACGCAGAGGAUCGCCAUACCUCGACGCAGAAAGCGGAUCGCAAUUUGUGGAAUCGGCAAAGGUGUAA